GAGAGAGAGAGCAAUUUGAGUUGCGUUGUUGGGGUGGAGGUCGAAUGAAGAAGUAAGAAGGAAGAAUGAAACUGAGCGCCGGUAAAACCUAACUCCUCUUUCUCUCAUCAAUCACCCAUCCCUUUUCCAUGUCAACUACUCUCUCUCCCUCCCCUUCUUCUUCUUCUUCUUCUUCUUCUUCUUGGCCUCUCCUCUCCCCUCCCCUCCCUUCCCCAAACCCUAACCCCUAACCCUAGCUUCUCCAAUUCCUUAACCUCGCUUCCCAUGGCAGACACCUCUCCCUCCCAUCUCCCCAAUCCCCAAUCCUACUCCGACGAACAUUUAUCCCUUUCCGAACACGCCGCCGAGGAUGUAGACUCCCAAUCCUUCUCCAAUUUCGAUUCCUCCAAUACGAACCCUAACCCUCCCCAAUCUCCCUCCCCCGCCCCCGUUCUUCUCCACCUCUCCUUCAACCAGGAUUUCGGCUGCUGCGCCGCGGGGACUGCCCGGGGAUUCCGAAUCUACAACUGCCACCCCUUCCGCGAGAUUUACCGGCGGGAGUUCGACGUUGGAGGUAUAGGCGUUGUGCAGAUGCUUUUCCGGUGCAACAUUCUGGCUUUAGUUGGUGGGGGGGACGAGCCGCAGUAUCCACUGAAUAAGGUAAUGAUUUGGGAUGACCACCAGGGGAGGUGCAUCGGGGAGCUGUCAUUCCGGUCGGAGGUCAAGUCAGUCCGGCUCAGGAGGGAUAAGAUUGUGGUCGUCCUGGCGCAGAAGAUUUUUGUGUACAAUUUCGCGGACUUGAAGUUGCUGCAUCAGAUUGAGACGGGCGCUAAUCCGAAAGGGCUCUGCGAGGUUUCGCACGUGUCGGGGCCGAUGGUGCUAGUUUUCCCCGGAUUGCAGAAGGGGCAGGUUAGGGUUGAGCAUUACGCUUCAAAGCGGACCAAGUUUAUUAAUGCUCAUGAUUCCCGAAUUGCUUGCUUUGCGCUUACUCAAGAUGGGCGGUUGCUGGCCACGGCAAGUAGUAAGGGGACUUUGAUUCGCAUUUUCAAUACUCUGGAUGGAUCUCUACUUCAGGAGGUAAGGAGAGGUGCAGAUAGGGCUGAGAUCUACAGUCUUGCUUUCUCAUCAACUGCACAAUGGCUAGCUGUUUCAAGUGAUAAGGGAACUGUACAUGUAUUCAGCCUAAAGGUUGAUUCAGGCUCGUUGAGCACUGAGAGAUCUCACCGUUCAUCUGAAGCAAAUCUGUCUACUCCUAUUGCUGUUUCAUCUCUUUCCUUUAUUAAAGGCGUGCUGCCAAAGUACUUCAGCUCAGAAUGGUCAGUGGCUAAGUUCCAUUUGCAUGAAGGUUCGCAGUACAUUGUUGCUUUUGGCCAUGAAAAGGAUACAGUGGUGAUUCUUGGCAUGGAUGGGAGUUUCUACCGAUGUCGGUUUGAUCCCGCGACUGGUGGUGAGAUGACUCAGUUGGAAAGUCAUAAUAUAUUUCAGCUUGAAGAAGCUUUCUGAAGCCAAGGUGAAGGAUCUUUUUUCUUUUUUUUCUUUUUUUUUUUUUGGGUUUUUGUGGGGGGGGGGUUGUAGCUGGCCCUUGUUACUUGUAGUGCCGUUAUAAGUAUUUUGGGGAUAUUUGUUAGGAGACUUAAUAAGUUGUAGAUACAUGAGUACCAUUGAAAUGAAAAGAGAUUUUACAAUCAGUUGUA